CAAAAUAAAUUCGCCAUUGUUACCAUAUUUGUCUUUGCUCGGCAAAGAAAGUUUUAGCGAUAUUUCGCGAGGGAUACAAGCGUGGGACACAAGCGUUUAUUACAUCAGAAAUUUCGACCACUUCAGAAGUUUUUUAUGACGUUGUUGUGCACUAAAGGUAAAGGGAUCGUCAUUCCACGAAGAAGGAAGAUAUACUUACAAGGCGUCCAACAGGCGAACUGUAAAUUACAGAGGCUUGCGAACAGAAGUUGUAUGAAAAAGUUCAAGAAAAAGUGUGGUUUUCAAACUUUCGAUCACAAACUGUGUUUGUCUACUAGUCGUUCGUAUUCAAAACCUGACUCAUCAUGGCAAUGGUCAAUGUUAAUCGCAAGAACACGGAUCAAUUUUACAGAUACAAAAUGCCCAAACUCCUAGCUAAGGUUGAAGGUAAGGGAAAUGGUAUCAAGACUGUGAUUGUGAACAUGGUGGAUAUUGGAAAGUCUUUGAAAAGACCUCCUGCUUAUCCCACAAAGUUUUUCGGCUGUGAGUUGGGUGCUCAGACCCAAAUUGACCUCAAGAACGAACGUUACAUUGUGAAUGGUGCUCACGAUGGCGAUAAAUUGCAAGAUAUUUUGGAUGAUUUUAUUCAGAAGUUUGUACUGUGCCCAGAGUGUGAAAAUCCAGAGACUUUGCUGCAUGUUGAAAUAAAGAAAGAAAGAAUUGGUCAAACAUGCAUUGCCUGUGGAUAUUCAGGGGUAAUAAGCCUUGCCCAUCGUCUCAUCACGUUUAUCCUCAAGAAUCCCCCGGGACAAGAGGAUACGGUGACACCAUCAAAGAAAGACAAGAAGAAUCGACGUGAUAAAAAGGGACAAAGUAAUGCACAGUCAACACAGAAUGGCUGCACAAGUCCCAGUCAUGAUUCGAAUGAAGCUGAUGUGUUGCCUGUUGUUGACACACCAACUGCCCAUUCGGAUGGUUUUGGAGAUGAUGACUGGAGUGAAGAUACCAGCGAGGCUGCUGUCAAGAAACGAGAAUUGGAAGGUUUAUCAAUGAGAACUAAAGGCCUGACCAUGAAUGAAGAUCUAGAACUCACCGAACAACAGCGACUUCAAAUAUUUUACAGUUUUGUUGAGAAUAAAAAGAAAUUGAAUGAUUUUGCUGCUAAAGCUAUCGUAGCCGAGGCAGAACGCCUUGAAGUGAUGGACAAAGCUGUUCUGGUUCUUGCUGAAUUGCUGUUUACAGAGGACAUGGCUAACCAAAUCUCACAACAUUCCGUCCUUUUUAAGAAGUUCUUGACCAGCAACCAGAAGGCACAGAAACAUUUGCUUGGAGCAUUUGAGAUGCUUGUCGGCAAGUCAUUUCCAGAAAAGCUGAUGCCUAAAAUUCCGAGACUUCUUCAACUGCUUUAUAAUAAAGAUUUCCUUGAAGAAGAGGUUUUGCUAGAGUGGGCUGCAAAGGUUUCCAAGAAAUAUGUAAGCAAGGAGACGAGUUCUCAGAUUCACGAAAAGGCGGCGCCUUUCAUCAAGUGGUUGCAAGAGGCUGAAGAGGAGUCGAGCGAGGAAGAGGAGGAAAAUGGAGAAGACCUUGAAGUGGUUUACGCUACGGACGCAGGUAAAAAGAAGAUUCUAGCUGAAGAGAAAAAGAAAGCAGAAGAUGACGAGGAUGAUUUGGAUAUCGAUGAAAUAUAGGAAUAUUGGUAGAUAUUCUACGUAGAAUUAAACAUUACGUGCACAGAACAACAGCAUUAUAAAUAUAGCCCUAAGCCUACAUUAAAUUUUGUUUAGGUCAUCUUAAUAUUUCAUUGUCGUUAUUCACACGGUUGUAUCGUAAAGAUAUACUUUAUAUUUGCGUCUGAUUUAGAAUAAAACGCGUUGUACUUUGUUCCUUUAAAAUAUAAAUUAGUAUUACACUUUUA